AUCGACUUUUUCGUUGUACCAAAUGCCCCAUAAAACUAAAUAAACAACUGAGAUAAGUGUUCAUUUAACCUUGUAGUAAAACGAAAGAGGAUGUAGACACACUACACGUCGUCAAAUAUCAAAUAACUAAAGAAAAUGGCGACGGGUGGGUGUGAAAAAACGUCGGACGAGUUAUUUAAUUUUAAAUGUACACCUUGUGGUGAACUUAACAAAACUAAAGAAGCUGUAAAAUAUUGUGUACAAUGUCAAGGAUAUUGUUGCCAGACUUGUGUGGACACACAUCGUGUAUUUCCUACUUUAAAAGGACACACACUGGUGGAUAAAUCGAACUUAAACCCACAGUUAAUAGCUGCUGAACUUCCGGUGGUUCCUACAGAGACAUGUAGGACCCAUGGGAUAAAAAUUCUGGAUAUGUACUGUGAGAACCAUGACGUUGUUGGAUGUACAAGUUGUAUAGCUCUUGACCACAGGAGUUGUUCAGACGUCCACCUUAUACCGGACGUUAUCGAUAAUCUUCACAGCAAAUCUGACGCGGGUAAAAUACACCAGAAGUUACAAGACAUGAAGAUGACGAUGAAAGAAAUUAAAACAAAUAGGGAAGCGCUUAUUCAAAGGUUAUGUAAAUCUAAAACAGAGGCUGAAAACGAGAUAAGGGAUUUCGGAAAAGUGAUGGAAACGCUUCUAAAAUCUCUCCAGAAAGAAUCUUUAAAAGAAAUAGAAGAACAGUUCAGGCAGAUGAAGCUACAAUUAGAGGAGGAGAAAAAAGGGGCAGAAGAUGAAUUGGACAUUUUAAAACAAGCUGAGGAGGGUCUGGUGAAAGCAGAAGGGAACAGGGCCCAACAAUUUGUUUCCCUGAAAACUGCGCAGAAUAUUAUUGCUCAAACCGAAGAGAUGUCUCGCUCACUACGAUUAACAAAUGAUGCAAAUAUAUCAUUCGCUCCCGAUUCAACUAUACGUAAUUUCUUAUUAAAUCGUAAGACGCUUGGAUCAGUCAACCACGAUGUUGCCACACAGGUGCAACAGAGGAAAGCGUUGUAUGCAAUUAAGGCAACAAGAGAAUCUAAUAUCAAAAUGCAAAAUGAUGCGUCAUCCUGUUGGGUGCAUGGUUCCUGUUUAACGGAAGACGGAGCACUGCUUAUGGCUGACUUCUCCAAUAAAACACUUAAAAGAGCAAACAAUGUCACAACUCCAGUACUGGAUUAUUGUAACCUACCAGAUCAGCCUUACAGUGUAUGCUGUAUAGGUAAGCACGAAGCGGCCGUCACUUUGACGAACAACACUGUUCAAUUUGUGUCCCUUGCAGAUCAGAUGACGCCUACACGCCAGAUAAAGCUGACCCAUAAAUGCUUUGGUAUCGCUUACAAGGGAGAUAAAUUGUAUAUAACUGAUUACGGCAAAUCAUUGUAUAUAUACGAUAUGACAGGAAAAGUUUCAAAAAACAUUACCGGGAACAGUCUGUUUCAGUGGAGUCGGCAUAUUGCUUUCAGUGGUACUGGAAAGGAAACGUUUGUAACAUGUCAGGCUAAAGGCCUUAUAAAUCUUGAUGUGAAUGCGAGACAUACGAACACUUAUACUGCUUCAGAGUUGUUAGUUACAACAGGAGUUUGUUCAGAUGGAAGAGGCAACCUGUUUGUGUGUGGACACGGUUCUAAUAAUGUUGUCCAGAUUGGACAGGAUGGAAAUAAAUUUGGUGAAAUAGUGAAAUCAUCAAAUGGACUGAAAAGUCCUCAGUCGUUGUGCUUUAACCAGCGGACUUCAACAUUGGUUGUUACACAAUCAGACAGCAACAUAGUGAAAUUAUUUGACUUACAAUAAUAAUAAUUACAUAAUUAUAGGUGGCUACCUCAAAGAUACACAAUGUAUCUGAGAAAAAAAUCUUUUUUUUUUAAAGCAUCGAAUGUAUUUUGGAUUUCCUGUAUUCACAUAUCAGAUCUGUUAAAAUAAUCAAUAUUACUUCUUG